AUGGUUAACUUCCCCACCGCCGCAGCUUCAGCAUUCAAAAAGUUUGUCGAUCAAACCGGUUCUCCUUACCAUUCAGUUCUUCAAUGCGAAAAGCUCCUCAAAAACGCCGGUUUUAAGCGCCUUAGCGAGCGGGACAAUUGGCAUCUCUCACGAGGCGGCAAAUACUACACCAUUCGUGACGGUUGCGAAGUCUUCUCCUUCGUUAUUGGCAAAGACUUCGACCCUUCCACUUCAAGUAUGGUCAUUAUUGGUACCCACACAGAUUCUCCUUGUUUGCGUUUGCGUCCGAAUUCGGCGAGAGAAUCAGAGGGUAUGCUGCAACUCGGUGUCACCCCUUAUGGUGGCGGCUUGUGGCACACUUGGUUUGAUCGUGGUCUCGGGCUAGCUGGCAAAGUAGUGUAUUCUCAUGAUGGUAAAAUACAUGAGAAAUUGGUGCGAGUGGACCGUCCGGUUGCCAUUCUGCCCAAUUUGUGUCGUCAUCUGCAGAGUAACGAGGAGAGGGCAGCGUUCAAGUUCAAUCCUGAAGAGCACCUCAUCCCCGUAUUUUGUUCUAAGAAGCAUGCGACCACCGAAGAGCGCAUUC